GUAGUUUUUUUUUCGUUGAUUCUCAAUUUGUUUGGUCAAUUUUUUAUUAAUUUUCAUUUCGUCUCGAUUUCUAUAAGUGAAAUGAUAAUGAUAGAAUAAUGAAAAAUUUAAACUGGUGUAAUUAUAUAGUUGGGAUAAAGUUUAUUUUGUUUGCGUUUGUUUUUUCUACUGCAAAAAUUCAAUAUCAUUAUGUGCUAAGAAAUAUUUUCAUAUUGAUACUUUGCACUGAUGGCAAUCUGCAAUUAAUAAAAUUAGAUGUGUUUCUUUUUUCUCCUUUAAUGAUUCAGUGCUUAUUCAUGUAUAAUUCAUAAUGAUGUGAAUCCCUAAAAUCGGAGUUGACGGCAUCGUUAAAUGUUGGCGGGAGACGUCUUGUGUGUAGAUAAUAAGGAGGCUGGAACUGCAGGAUGGGGACCAAGAUGGCCGACGAUGAGGGGACUCUCAAUAAUUUCAUCGACAAGGGAUGUUUCUGAGUUUCGGAUCCUUUUGUAAUUUAGCAGCGCGCGAGCUUCUCAUCUCUUCGUUUGCGCCAACACCGUCAGAAGAAGAAUGCUCGGGCAGACUGGGAACCACGAAGAGGCGGUACCAGGCGACCAAGGGAGCCCGUUGGAGCGGAAGGGGAGGAAGAAAUGAAGGCGAAAGAGGAGGAGAACGACGCCGACGACGAAGACCGGGGAGUCGAGUGACCGGAUGGCCUUGGAUCCGAGACUUGGUUAGCUACGGAGCUCCUAUAAUACAUGGAGUGAAAUUGUUUUUGAGGCCUUUUUGUGCCCACAACGAACAUCGUGGAUCUCGACCUGUCGACCGAUUUAAUUGGGAAGGAAUAAAAAUGUCACUAUUUAAUAAACCGAAAAGAAAUAUUCGCCGACGACCCUUUAACGAGGAGGAUGAGGAUAACGAAAAUAGGAUGGAUUCUAAUGAUGAUUCGAUAUCCUCAAAAUCUAAACCUAAGAAGAAGGAUAAGCCUAAACAAACGCUCCUUAGCUUUGGAGAGGAGCUCGAUGAAGCUGAUGAGGGAGAAGUAUUUAAAGUGAAGAAAUCAUCAAGAAGCAAAAAACUGAUGAAACAGCUUGACCACGAGCGGAAAAAAAAGAAAGGUGAAGAGAAAAUGCAAGUGGACUCAGAGCAAGCGAACAUGUCCGUUAAGCAGGAAAAAGAUUUAGAAAUAAAGACAGACGAUCUAGUAGUCAAAAUCAAAAAUACAAAUCCACUGAUAUUGAACGGAAGAGCUGCACUCGUUGCUGGAAAGGAUGACUAUACCUCCGAAGAAGAGGAAGAUGACGCGAAUAACCACAAAUUCCGAAAAAAUACUGACCGAGCUGAUACCAUGAAAAUACUCCUAGAAAGUGGUUGUAUCCCUGAUGCUGCGAUGAUUCAUGCUGCACGAAAGCGUCGACAAAAAGCAAGAGAAUUGGGCAGUGACUUUAUACCUAUUGAAGAGCAGAGGGAUGAGAAAGGAAAGUCCAGACUUGUAAGAGAAGAAGAUCAUGAUAGAAGCGACGAUGAUGAUUCCCAAGAUCGAAUUGAUAUGACAGUCAAUACAGAUGCACGUGAUAAAGAAAAAAGAAGAGAAGCUUUUCUGGCUUCUCAACUUCGAGAUAAAUGUGUAGUUUCAGAUAAUGAAAGCGAACAUGGUAAUGAAGAAGAAGAAUGGGAGGCACAACAAAUCAGAAAAGGUGUUACAGGUGCUCAGAUCGCUGCGGCACAACAAGACUCGAUGCUUCAACAGCAAUACUCCAUGGGAAUUAACGUUGGACAGAUUGUUACCCCAGGAUUACCUCUUGAGAUGGUAAUGAUGCCAGCUCCGCCACCUCCACCUUCUCUGCAUCCACCUGAUCCCACAAAAAUGGUACCCGUUACUCCUCAAGAAGUUGCCAAUAAGAUGCGUGGCAGAUUAGAAAGUCUACGAGAGGUCUGUAGACGUCAUCUUUCAGAACGCGACCGAGUAAUAGAGGAAUUGGACCAAACUCAUAAGGAACUGGAGGAAGGUGAAGAGAGAGCUCCACAACUUGCACAACGCUUCAGAUAUUACCAAGAGUUGCGUGGGUAUGUCACUGACUUGGUAGAGUGUCUUGAUGAGAAGCUGCCUCUGAUUAUUGGAUUGGAAUCCCGUUGGUUGGAUUUAUACGGUGAUCGUGCUGCAGAGCUGAUGGAGAGGCGAAGACAAGACACUCGUGACCAAGCGGAGGAAAUCACUUCAGCUGCCAGGAGUCAAGGAGUGGUCAGAAGAGGUUUGGAAGAUGAAACAAGAAUUCGUAGAGCUACUGAAAGGGAGGGCAGAAGAGCUCGCCGAAGAAGAGCUAGAGAAUUAGCGUCGACUUUGCCUAAACAUAUUGAUGGCAUGUCGAGUGAUGAUGAAGUUACAGAGCAGCAGAAUCUUGCAUUCAAACAGGAAAAAGACGAAAUUGACAAUGAGUGCGAAGACGUAUUUUCUGAUGUAGUAGAUGAAUUUUGUACAGUUCGUGGUAUUCUGUCCAAAUUAGAACAGUGGAGAGAUACUGAUAUUGUUGCCUAUACCGAAGCUUAUGUCCCUUUAUGUAUACCCAAAAUCAUAUGCCCCAUUAUUAAACUGAAGCUUGUAACCUGGAAUCCCAUUAUGGAAAGCGUUGAUAUAGAAAGAACAAAGUGGUAUAAUUCGUUAUUGCUUUAUGCAUUGAACAGCAGAGAAACUGAAGAGACUCUUAAAAUUGAUCCCGACGUCAGGCUGGUUCCUUUUGCGAUAGAAAAAAUUGUUCUACCAAAACUGACAUUGAUUGUUGAAAAAAUAUGGGACCCAAUGUCAACCUCUCAAACGUUAAGAUUGGUCGGUACAGUUAGCCGUUUAAUCAGAGACUAUCCAAACCUUACUGAUCAAAGCAAACCAUUGCUAGUGUUAUUCACAGCGAUUUUAGAUAAAAUGAAACUAGCUGUAGAAAACGACGUAUUUAUACCGAUAUUUCCGAAGCAACUCUUAGACACAAAACAUCAAUUCUUUCAACGACAAUUCUCAAUGGCUGUAAAACUUAUUCGAAAUUUGCUUAGCUGGCAAGGGCUUAUUGGAGAUACGCCACUUAAAAACCUAGCACUCGGUUCAUUACUGAAUCGUUACCUUUUGGCAGGCUUAAGAGUAUCAUCCCCAGUAGAUGCUCUAACCAAAGCUAACAUGAUCAUGAGUACUCUUCCUAGGGCUUGGCUCCAAGGAGAAACGAUUGAUCAUCUGAAAAUGUUUGCAGUCCUAAUUUAUCAACUCAGCGAGCAAUUAGAUCAGGCAAAUCCAAGUCAUAACGAGGCCUGGGAUUAUUCCAAGUCGAUGCUGAAAAUUAUUAAACCUUAAAAGUGGAAAUAUUUUAAUCUUCAAAACAACAUAUUUGAAUGCUUUUUCUUAGUUAGAUUGACAAUUUUAAAUGUAAUUUUGUACGACAAGAUCCAAUCUGGUACAAUUGUGUACAAUAUCAAAUUAUCAUGGUUCAAUAUCUUGGCUAUCAAUACAAAAUGAAAAAGACAUACCUUAGUUUUAUGUUGGUUAAAUAAACCAAUUAUAUGGAAUUAUAAUAGUCGGACGAUAAACAAUGCCGAAGUAAAAUCGAUCGAUCCAUAUUUCUUGUAAGUAAUAAAAUAAUUCCUCACAUGGAA